AUGGCUAGCGACAAGUCAGAUGCCCACAAGCAGGAUGCUCAAAUCAAGUCCGCCGACAUGAGUGAGGAAAUGCAACAAGAGGCUAUUGAAGUCGCACAGUCGGCUAUGGAGCAGUUCACUAUCGAGAAGGACAUUGCCCAGUAUAUCAAGAAGGAGUUCGACAGCCGAAAGGGUGCCACAUGGCACUGCAUCGUAGGUCGCAACUUUGGAAGCUUUGUCACACAUGAGACGAAACACUUCAUCUACUUUUACCUCGGUCACUGUGCCAUCCUACUUUUCAAGACUCAGUAGACGAACCCGACUGGAUCAAGGCGCCCUCAUCCUCUGAGAAUCUCGUCCCUCUUCACCAUCGAAGCCCUUCGUUCUGGGCCCAAUUUCAGUCUGGUCUCAAACUGGAGGAUGUUGCUUUGUUCUUACAGUGUAGACAACAUCCUCUCAAUGGGGUUCACGGGUUCUGCGAUUCAGCGGCGUUGAACGGCAAAGGCAUGAUCUUGAGCUUGUAACAUCUUACUCCUAACGACUGUCACGAGUCUCUUUUCCACUAAAGUGGCUUUGGAGGCUACCGCUUGAUACCAUAAUGAAGCGUCCAUGCUUACUUUUGUUCCAUCUCCCAUGGUGUCCACGGUGCCUUUAUAAUUGUGACCAAGUGACUGUCGUCUGCUGC